CCAUUACACGGUGCGGAGCGAGGAGCGGCAGCGCUGCUGCAGCCGGAGUGCCCCGCGCCUCCUCUCCCCGCGCCCGCCUGCCCGCCCGCCCUGACGCGUCGCGGCCGCCGCCGCUGUGGGGAGCGCGGAUCGCAGGGGCUCGCGGGGCGGUGCGGCAGCAGCAGCCGGUGAGGAGGAGGAGGGGGAGAGGGAGAGCGGGAUGGAGGAGAAGGUCUUCACCAAGGAGCUCGACCAGUGGGUGGAGCAGCUCAACGAGUGCAAGCAGCUGUCCGAGGGGCAGGUGAAGAGCCUCUGCGAGAAGGCUAAAGAAAUUUUGACAAAAGAAUCCAACGUACAAGAAGUGCGAUGUCCAGUCACAGUCUGUGGAGAUGUCCAUGGACAAUUUCACGACCUCAUGGAACUUUUCAGAAUUGGAGGCAAAUCACCAGACACGAACUAUUUGUUUAUGGGGGACUAUGUUGACAGAGGAUAUUACUCAGUCGAAACAGUCACAUUGCUUGUAGCUCUUAAGGUCCGUUACCGUGAACGAAUCACAAUUCUUCGAGGGAACCAUGAAAGCAGGCAAAUCACACAAGUUUAUGGUUUCUAUGAUGAAUGUUUAAGGAAAUACGGAAAUGCAAAUGUUUGGAAAUACUUUACAGACCUUUUUGAUUACCUGCCUCUAACUGCCUUGGUGGAUGGCCAGAUUUUUUGUCUACAUGGUGGCCUCUCUCCAUCUAUAGAUACACUGGAUCACAUCAGAGCACUUGAUCGCUUGCAGGAAGUUCCCCAUGAGGGUCCAAUGUGUGACUUGCUAUGGUCAGAUCCAGAUGAUCGUGGUGGCUGGGGAAUUUCUCCUCGAGGUGCAGGUUACACAUUUGGACAAGAUAUUUCAGAAACCUUUAACCAUGCUAAUGGCCUUACGUUGGUUUCAAGAGCUCAUCAGUUGGUAAUGGAGGGGUACAACUGGUGCCAUGAUCGGAAUGUAGUAACAAUUUUCAGUGCUCCAAACUAUUGUUACCGUUGUGGCAACCAGGCUGCAAUUAUGGAACUUGAUGACACUCUAAAAUACUCCUUUUUGCAGUUUGACCCGGCACCGCGCAGAGGUGAACCGCAUGUUACUCGUCGCACCCCAGACUACUUCCUGUAAAGAGAUUUUAGACCUGUACAGUAUUGCCAUGAACCAUAUGUUGACCUAAAGAAAA